GGUCACCCUGCUGACAACCGAUAUAACACGCGCGAACUACGGGGGUAAACCGAACUACAUGAUGAACAAUGAUGAACUAGGCUGAUUUAGGCGUUUUGGUUACGUGUUCUCGUCCUCUUCUCUCUGAUUUUUUUAGUCAGGCCUAAUACUUUUUAGUCACUUUUUGCUAACAAGACUUUCAUUGUAACCCAAGAUGACCGGUUUGACGAGAGUCGUUCAAGCAACAAAUAUUUCGCCAGUUGCAACUGUCCAGCAGCUUCAAACGUUGUUUGGUUAUCUCGGAAAAUUGGAAGAUGUUCGACUUUUUCCAAAGGAGGACUCUGUGCUACCUGUGACAUCUCGUGUUUGCUUCAUUGUGUAUGAGGAUCCAGCUAGUGUGGGAGUGGCCCAGCAUCUUACUAACACCGUUUUCAUUGACAGAGCACUUGUUGUAGUUCCUGUUCCUGAUGGUAAGAUACCAGAUGAACACCAAGCAUUGCAGUUGACAUCCCAAGGUAAUGGGUCAACAGGAUUGAUGCCAGCUCCAGGAAGUGGAUUACUACCAACUCCACCACAACCACUGAUGUCACAGGUGCCUGAUAUGGCUCAAAUGACUACUUUGUCAGCACCAGUUGCUCCUGCUAUCUUAGGUAUGGAUCCUACAUUUGCUGCCCUUGGCUUGCCUCAACCACCUCCACUCAAUAAUGUGGACCCUACCAAGAUUGAAGAAAUUCGCAGAACUGUAUACGUUGGAAAUCUAGACUCUGGAACUGUGACGGCAGAACAGCUGUUGAGUUUUUUCCAACAUGUUGGUGAAGUGAAAUAUGUACGCAUGGCAGGUGAUGAAACACAACCAACCCGAUUUGCAUUUGUGGAAUUUACUGACACCAGCUCUGUUGCCAAGGCAUUGGCUUACAAUGGUGUUAUGUUUGCAGGAAGACCACUAAAGAUAAACCAUUCCAAUAAUGCGAUUGUUAAGCCACCUGCCAAGACAGCAGAGGUAACUCAGAGAGAGCUGGCAGAAACAAUGAAGCAAGUACGAGAUGCACAGGCACUCAUCCAAAAAGCCAUUGAACCAGAGGAUUUGGAGAAGGAAAUAGAGAAGGACGAUAAGAAAAAACGUAGCAAAUCUCGUUCUCGUAGCCGCCAUCAUUCCCGGUCUCGGUCAAGAUCCCGACGUCGACGCUCACGCUCACCAAGGCGUUCCUCCAGAAGAUCCCGUUCUCGUGGCCGUCGUUCACGUUCUCGCACCCCUCGGAGACGCUCUCGUACUCCACCAAGACGACGAUCACCACGAAGAUCACCUAGGAGGUCCCCUCCUCGUCGUCGGUCACGAUCUCGUACCCCACAAAGACGUAGAAAGAGCAGAGAACGAUCACGUAGCAGAGAAAGGCGAUCCAGAUCAAGAGAUCGUCGUCAUCGGUCUAGAACUCCACCAAAGAGCUAUCGUGCAUCCAGGUCUUCUCGCAGUCGAACCAGAAGUCCAGCUGCACCGUCCCGCUCCAGACGCCGCACCAAGUCGCUAUCAAGAUCACGUUCUAAGUCCGUAUCUAAGUCAAGGUCAAGGUCAAGGUCAGGUUCCCCAAGAAGAAGCAAGCACAAGAAAGACAAGAAGAGUAGAGAGCGUGAAAGAAGUAGAGACCGUGACAGUCGCAGCAGUAGGAAACACAAGAAAGAUAAAGAUCGGGAUCGAGAAAGAGAACGUAAAAGGGAGAGAAGCCGUGACAGAGGCCAUGAUCGUAGUCGAGACAAAGACCGUGGUGGGGAACAUAAAGACCGAGACAAAAAAGAUACCAAAAUUAAACGAGAUUACGAUGAAGAAGAAAAAGGAUAUGAUAGUGACAAGGGAAAGGCCACACCAUCAUCAAGUGGCGGUGAAGAGGAUUCAACAGGCAUGAAGAUUCAAGUAGUGAUGGGUGAGGGUAGUCGUACUGGAGCUACAUUGGAUGAUGAUACCAAUGUCCAGGAUAUGGACAUGGAUAUGGAAUCUGACUAAGCAACCAUGCAUUAUUGGUCGUUUUUCAUUUUAACAUGUUUAAAAAGUGUUUGUUCUGCAUUCUAAGCAUUUAGAUGUUAGUUGUUACACAAACAGCUCACAAAUCUUAGCAAUUUAUUUGCAUUCAUUAACUGUUAACUGUUAACCUCUCAAUUUUCAGGGCUGAUCAAGUUUAGCCCACAUUGCCCCCAAAGAUUUGGGUUUUAUAAAAUUUAAUUCAUGUUGGUAAUGAAAAGGAAUUUUCACCAAAACUUUGUUACUUUUGAUAUUGGUUACAAGGGCUAUACAAUUCUUAUACUUUGCACUACAUGUGCAAUGAUGUUGUGCAUCGGGUCAGGUUGACAAGGCCAAACCGACCCGAAACAUUAUAGAUGUAAACCGAAUCUGAAUCGAAACCAAUCUGAACUACCCAAACCGACCUGACAAAAGUUGAGCAAAACCGACCCAAAUCGACCCGACUGGAAACCACCCAAAUAGCCGUCUGUCCGUCCGGGCAGCUUAGUUUUCGGAUGAUAUGGGAUUGUAACUUGGGUAGGGGGUUGCCCUUGGGAGUAGGCAAGUUGGGAUCGGUUUGGGAGUCAGGGUCACCAUGGUGAGUUAAAGGUACAUGUACAUAUAAAAUCGUAGUGUCUCAGUAAAGUAUCAUUGUACGGUACGGUGAAGACUCAUGUUAUCUACAGGUGGGCAUUCACAUUAAAGACUGUGUGUGAUAGACCGCAAACCACAUGCACAUUUGCGCUGUAGAUUGACAUUGGUUGUACUGGGCAUAGUAACUCUUCAAUAAUAUUGCAUCGCAUGAAUUUCCGAACUGUUUCGUUUUACUGAAACUGUUUAGUUUUUUUGAACGGUUUUCAGAUUUAUUUCAGGUUUUUUACAAGAUGGCUAAACCGACCCGACCUGACCCGAAAAAUUGAAAAACCGAUCCAACCUGGCCUGAAGUCGGUUUCGGUUUUGAGUUGGGUUUGCACAACAUUAAUGUCCAAGCAGAAAUGAAAAAAAAAAGGUGUCAGGAACAAAGAUGCUGCUCCUUUAUGGUGAAGACUAACUGAAGUUAAACAUAAAAAUACUUAAAGCUUUUACAACACAAAAGUAAAUCUUUAAUGUGCAGAAUACACAAUGAACUGAAAACUGUAAAGGUUGUUAAUGUUGACAGUGAUGUACCAACUACACAUGGGUACAUGGAAUUUGAAAUGAGGAAAGGGACAUGCCAAACCGCCAAGUUUUCUUUGUGACACUCAUUUUACGCAACCAUGGAAAUGACAUCAUCAGGAGUUUGUACAAUUAUACAUUAUAGAUGGUAGAAGUAAUUUCUUUUUGUGUUUUUUUUAGACAUUGCUUGCUCUUUAUUGUGAUUUUGUUUGUUGUUAUGGAUGCUUGUUUAAUUUUUAAUACGUGUAGUGUACUUAGAAACAGAAUAAAAUGUUAUUUCAAGUGGUCUUGCUGGCUAAAAUUGCAUUAAACACUGUACAAUUCAUUUUCAGAUACAAGUAAAGUUUAUCCAAAAUAAAACCACCACUUUCUCAGCAGGUUUAAGUGACAUGAGUUACUUGAGGUAAAAAUUGGAAGGUUAUUUAGGAGGAAUAUUUCUGCAAAUGCCUACUGAUUUUCUUUAGAAUAAUAUAAAUAGGUUUUGGACAAAGCCCAAAACAUGUUUGACAGUGCCAGAAAUAUUUUUGAGGAUAACCACAAACAUGAAUGAGCCUGAAAGCUGAGUUUUCCCAAGCUACAGUGUAUAUAUGUAUACCUGAAUGCUCACUGGAAGAGACCUUGAUACAGAUACCCUCCAUAGCCACUGAUAGCGUUAUGCUGGCUGAUAUUUUUGAAUUUACUUUAUGUAUGUACAGCAAAAAUCUUUUCAUGGAGUGUGCUAGUACAGCCAUGACCUCAUGAGUGACUUUUGAUCAGCAUGCAUAAUGCAUGAGACUUGGUGAAAUCCGUCCAAUCGCACACUUCACUAUGUGCCUAUAGUGUAUUAUGUGGUAAAGGAAAAAAAAAUUACGGGCAGGCCAUGGAAGCGCAUCACAUGACCUUUCACUUGCAGGCUUUAUUAAUGCUGAUUCAUACUCGGCACGAAAGUGAAUGCAAAUUUGUGACGUCGGGGCCAGUUUUCGCACUGCAAAUUUGCAUAAGUUUAACACAUUUCAACUCAAGCGAAUUUCAACAAAUUAUACUGGUUAUAAUGUCCGCAUGUGCUCAAAACACGGACAGAGCCAGCUUGGUUGGGGGUAUUUGUACACUAUUCUUAUGGGGUUUUUUUUGGGGGGGGGCAAAAAAACAAAAAUGUCAACCGAUUCAUCAUAAUAUCAAAUACUUGCAAGUUGGAACUUCUAAUUGUAGACUCUAUUGGUCACUUCUCACAUCAUGCAGUCUACCCUGCGAUCUCCAAACCAGCCUCGACGUGGACAAGAAUGCCCACAUGGCAGCGUUUUUUACAUUUUAGUAACACCGUGCUAGAAAGCUAUGGAAAACACUGUACAUGUAAAUAUGAUUAAUUCUCUUGUCCAGCAUGUCUGUUUCAUUUUUUGUUUCUUUGUACAGUGUAAAAACCAACGGUUGUCGGCUGUCUUGAAAAUUAAAAAAAUAAACAAAUACAAAAAAAAAA